GUGUAGAAAUGAAUUUAAUGUAUCCAAGUGAAUCUGAAAGUAAGAAAGAAAAUAAAGUAGAAUUUAUAACUAUGUAUGAAAAGAUAUUUAGAGGAGAUGACAUUACUAUAACUAAUUUCAACUUUUGGAAUGAAUUAUCUCUUACAGAACCUGUAGUAUCUUAUAUUGAAAAUAAAAUUAAACAGUUGAACAAAGAAUCUCUAAUUCAAUGUAAGAAAAACAUUAAUUUAUUGGUUUCACAUUGCAUUGAUGCCUUAUGUGAUGAAAAUGUAUAUAGAAUUGUGUACUCCGUACAAACUCUAUCAAUACUUUUAUUUUCAUUGUACAAAAGAGCUAACCAUAAUGAAAAUGAAGCAAUUGAUUUUUUAGAUAUGACAUUUGGAUAUGAAAAUAUUGAAGAAAAAAUGAAUACGUUUUUACAAAAUACUAAUAUAUUUUUAACAGGUGAAUAUCCAUCAAAUUUAAAAAAUAUAUGUGUAAAUCUUUUUAUAAUAAUUGCUACUGGAUUAGAUAAUAUAAAUCAAAAUGUAUUAUUGUAUUAUAUAAUGAGCAGUAAUAUUUUUGAGUUAUUAAUCGAGUUACUUAGGGAUACAAACUCAAGGACCCAACAUGGAUUUCAAAUAGUUGUCAUUUUAACGCUUCUUGUUAAUUAUAGAAAACAUGAAAGUGUCAAUCCUUUUAUUGUUAAAUUAUCCAUUUUAGACGAUGAACUUGCAUUAAACGGAUAUGGACAAAUUAUUUCUAGUUUUUUAUCCACAUUUUGUAAACAAUUUACUCAACUUAAAUCAGAUAUGCAGAGUUCUUGGUUGAAUUCGUUUACGGGCAUAGUUGGUAACAGACUUAUAAAUGAUGAAGAAAUUAAGAGUCAACAGAUUCGAGAGAAUAACGCUUUACUACUUGCAUUAUAUGAGGCAACCCAUUUGAAUAGAAAUUUUGUAACAACAUUAGCAUAUACACAAAGUGAAACUACUUCAUCAUCGGUUCUAAAUAAUACAUUAACUACAAAAAAAUUAAUAAUGGGAUUUCAAAUUAACGAUAUUACUACCCAGCCUUUUAAUUUAUUAGCUAUUUUUUUUCAAUACUGCUCUAUAGUAAUACAAGAUACACAAACAGAAACAAUAAGUUACAAUGUAAAAUUAUGUUUUUUAAUAUUAAAUUGUAUUUCUGAAGACCAAUAUGCAAACAGUUUAAUGCACGAUGAUAAUCUAGCAUUUCGUGUUCAAUUAUAUAAAAUGCCAAUGCAAAGAAAAUUCAAUAACUCCAUAGCCUCAUCACAGCCAUUAGCGGCAACUCUUUUAGAUUUAAUUGUAAAAUUUAUUACUUCGAAUAUGAUAAAGAAAUUUCCAAUUGAUCUUUAUCACCAGUGUAUUGGAAUUCUAUUAAGAAUAUUAUGUUAUCAGAAACGAUGUCGUGUACGAUUAAAUUAUCAAUGGACGAAGUUAUGGACUGUUCUCAUAAAUCUUUUAAAAUUUUUAUCAUCAAAUGAAAGUUUUUUAAUAAAACAAAUUAAUAUAUUUUCAUUAGCAUCUGAAGUUGUAAAUAUAUUGAAUAUCUUCAUAACUUAUGGCGAUAUGUUUCUUCUGUCUCCUAAUACUUACGAUGAAUUUUUUUAUGAAAUUAUUAGAAUGAAAUCAAUAUUUAUCGAUUUAAAUGCAUUAGCUCUUAGAUAUUCACAUAAUGAAAUAUAUGAACAUAAAGAAAGUGCUAUGAAAUUAACUUCUUCUUUAAUAAAUUUGCGGGAUAUUUGUAAUCAUUUUCCUUUAAAAAUAAGUGAGUGGUUAACAAAGGAAAAUAUUUCUACCCCUACAGAAAGUCAAAUCAUGGCAAUUAUUAUUCAAAAUUAUGAUACUUUAACUUUAAAAUUAGAAGAUAAUUUGGAUCAAUUUGAAAGAUAUUCAGAAAGUCAAAAACAUUUUGAAUUUUUUAGUAGUUUAGUCAAAAACAUUAUUAAAACAGCACGUAAAUCUAUAAAUUUAUGUUCAAAGGAUGCCGAAAGUAUACUUCAAAAUUACACUUCCAGCUCAUGCAAAUAAAUCUUAAUUACUAAUUUU